GGGUGGUGCUGCUGUAUUUAAACCUCCAUCUCGGGGGCGUUUGAACCAGCACCUUAAGGAGAUUUUUGACGAAGGUUAGUUUGCAGCGGUCAUCACAGACAAAACCUCUCUUCCAAAAUGUCUGAUAAGCCAGUCAUAAAAGAGGAUGUGGAGAAGUUCAACAAGAAGAGCCUGAAGAAGAUUAAUACUGCAGAGAAGAACACGCUUCCAAGCCAAGAAACCAUCGAGCAGGAGAAGAAAUUAAAUGCUGAAGGGAGAACAUGAAGGAGGAGCAGUCCUGCACCAGCUGCACAUUCCAUGUGUCUUUACCUGUCCUCCAUCACUUCAACACUUUCUUCUUCACAGCAUUUCUCAGGCAGGGCUGAGGGAGCAACUGCAGACCAUGUGCUAGUGCAGCUUGUAAAAAUCUGCUUUGAUUCACUGCGGGGAGGGGAAAGGGGGUUCGCUGACGCAUCCAAGUGUUAACAUGUGAUUUCAAGGUAGUCUGUAGUGGAUAGAUGUCUUCAAAGAUGAACGUGUUGUAUCUGGUGCCACAAUUUGUCUUCCUUUUAAGAAAUGUAAAAUAAAAAUCCACUUUAAAACAUUA